AUGUCAAUUUCAAAAGACGCUAUUGAAAGCUACAUCAACACCAUGAAUGAUCCUAAUCCUAAGGAAUUAGAAGGUAACUGUUUCUUUUCAAAUGAAAAACGUUACUUUAAGUCAAUGGCAAGUACUGAAAGUAAAGAACCUUCAAAAAAGGUACAACAAAUUAAAAAUUCAAAAAAUAAUGAUGGAGAAUGGGAAAAAGUUUCUCAAAAGUUUAGAAAAAGUGUCACACUUACUCCAUUAAAAAAUAAUACUUCUCUUAGUAGUGCUAUGGAACAAAAUUGGAGAGAUGGAAUUAAAACAGUUACUUCGUCAGAUGGAACUAGAAAAAGUUUUAGUUCUUCAGAUAAAUAUAAAAUUGGCAAAAAUUAUCCCAUGAAAAGUGAGUUGGAUGACAAUUGGAGGUGUAAAACUACUGGCGAUGAUAUGAAUACAUCUAUAAAAAAUACAUUACCACAAAAGAAAGAAAAUAAAUAUUCUUCAGUAAGAGAAACAAUUAGAAGAGAACAACUUAAUCUACCUCAAGGAAUUACAGAAAAUAUUUUGACUGAGGAUGUGGGAAAAGAUAAUCACUAUGAACUGGAUGUUGAUAAUGAUUUAGGAAUAAAGUUUGAUGCUGAUCGAUUGGAAACAUACACUACAGAUCAAGGACUUAAUACUAAUUUUAGUAAUAGUAUGAAUUCUUAUGGUAUUGAUAUAAAUGGUUUGCCAAAUGGAAGAAUGUCGUUUUUACCAAAUUCAUUAAAUUUCUCACUCGAUUCAUUUCAAAACAAUAUUGGAUCAUUAGAUUCUAAUGGUAUACCUAAACAUUUAAAUAUGUUUAACAUGCCAUUAGAAACAAGCGGUCUUUCGUUACCGACAUUUCCUUCAUUCGUACCUUAUAAAAGUGGAUUUGUAAACAAUACAACAAUGGAUCCUUUUUCAAGACUAAUGACACAACAACGAUUAUCUCUCGAUCAAGAUAUACAUAGUUAUCCUAAUUAUAAUCCUCUUCAAAUGAUGUCAAAUUCAACACUUCCUUUAUUUGCCAUGAAUAACAUUAAUCAUUUCAAUCCUGAUGAACCUUUUACAAUGAAUAAUAUUUAUAAUACUUUACCUGAGAAUGAAAUGAUUUCUAGAUCUGAUAAUCAUAAUGAUAUAUUAAAAGGUGAUGCUAUAGUAAUGGUUGAAAUUUUACCAUUUCCUAAAUGGCAUCAUAAUCGUGAAGAAUUACAAUGGGCUGUGUUAUCUGUGGAAGGAAAUCAGAGUGGACCUUAUGAUGCUUCUGAUUUGUCAAUACGUUUUAUUUCAGGAGAUUUGAGUCCCUAUUUUAGAUUUAUAAUAUAUGGUGGUCCAUGUAAAAAGUGGGCUAGGUUAAUUGAUCUUAUGAAAACAGCAAAUGAAAGAAAUCCAUUUGUUUCAGCACAGUCUCCCAGAUUACAUGAGGAAUUUAUAAUGGUUGAUUUCUAUUAUAAAGAAGCCGGUCAACAAAUGAAUUUCGAGCAUUGGAGAGAUUUUAUUAGCAGCCAAUUAGAAAAAGAGAGACUAGGUAUGCAAAGAUUAGAUGAAGAAGAUCAUUCCAAUAAUAUAAAUAGUAAUAUAGAAUCUGAAUUUUCUAAUGAGGCAGUUGAUAGUUCGAUUGAUGAAGAGCAGCUGACUGAGGGAUCAUUAUAUCAAGAUAAAUUUCAGAAUACUGAUAAUGGUUCUAGUAAUAAAUAUAGUGUUACAUCAAAUGAGGAAACAACUAAUUGGAUAUCAACUAAUCAAAAAACAAAGAAGAACAGGAAAAAUGAACCAGUCGUUAAAAAUUCUAUCCAAUCUUCUUCAAAUAACAGGAGUAUUUUAAAUUAUUUGGAAACAGCACCAAAAACACAGAUUCAAAAGCCACCUAUUUUGUCAACACAAAAAGUUUGGGAAACUCCAAAUAUAGUACCUGAUGAACCAUCUACAAAUGAAAAAAAUAAAUUGAGCUUUAAUUUGGGAGAUGUGAUAUCUGCUAAUACAUCUAAAGAAUCUAGUAAAUCUGCAUGGAACACAAAUGAUGUAAAAAGUGUUUCUCCAAUUAAUUUUGCUGAAACAGUUCAAAAGAAGACACCGCCUUCAAAUACUUCAAAUAAUGUCGUUAAAGAUGUUUCUCCAAAAACAAAUUAUACCAAUUGGAGUAAUGAAAGUAAUAGUAAGUUAAAAGAAGAAUCAAAAGAAGUUCCACCAAGUCCAACUGAAGAGAAAGAUGUUAGGUCAAGAAAAGAAUUAGAAGUUUGGUUACGUGAAAAAUUAAAAACAAUGAAAAAAAAUGUUGAUUAUGAGGUAUUCUGUAGUUUUAUUAUUGAUGUAGAACACCCAUCAGAAGUGGAAGAUUAUUUCCAUACAUAUUUUGGUGAUUCAGCAGCUGUUAAAAAGUUUAUUAAACAAUUUCUUGAAAAAAGAUCUGAAAUUAGAUCACGUGUUUUAAAAGCAAAACUUGCAAAAGAUGAUCUUUCUGCUCCAGCACAAGCUGUUGGUUUUACUAUUCAGACAUCUAAAAAGAAUAAAAAACAAAAAGCUAGUGGAUCAACAACAACGACAACAACAUCAACGCCUAAUACAACAACUACACCUUCAAUAGUUUCUGGACCAGCACCUGUUGUUGGUAAUAACAACAGUCAUUCUUUUUCAUCAAUUUCUUCUAAUCUUCAUAUUCCAUCUAAAAGUGCUCCCUUAAAACCAUCAUUAUUGUCAUCUUCUAAAAAUUGGGAGUCACCAAAUAUUGUUCCAGAUGAUCCAGAAACACAUGAAAAAGCACCAUUAAAGUUUAAUCUUGGCGAUUUACUAGGAGUGAAUAAACAAACUAACAACUCAGCUACUACAUCUUCAUCUGCUUGGAAUAGUGAAAAAACUUCUAAGAUUAUUACAUCUACCCCAACCAUUAUAAGUACACCUAACAAAUCAAAGAAAGUCUCUGAAUGUCCGUGGAAAACAAUUGGUAAAAAUGUAAAGAAAUAA